UAUAUGCUUCUCCUCCCAAUCCCCCUUUCCAAGAGAGAGAAAAAAAGUCUAGCUUUAGAGAGAGAAUUUCAGGAAGAGAGAAACCAUGGCUAUGGCUUUCAAGAUGGCCACCGAGGGCAUGAGUGUCAGAGAGGAAUGCUGCAAAUCAUUCAUGGAGAUGAAGUGGAAGAGGGUGCACCGUUACAUCGUCUUUAAGAUUGAUGAGAGCACGAAGGCUAUCAUGGUCGACAAACUCGGCGGAGCCGCCGAGUGCUACGAUGAUCUCGCCGCCUCUCUCCCCGCCGAUGAUUGUCGCUACGCUGUCUUCGACUUCGACUACGUCUCCGCCGACAAUUGCCAGAAGAGCAGAAUGUUUUUCAUUGCAUGGUCUCCAGCAGCAUCAAGGAUUAGGGCUAAAAUACUGUAUGCAACAUCAAAGCAAGGAUUGAGGAGACUGCUUGAUGGGGUCCACUAUGAAGUUCAAGCCACUGAUCCUACUGAGAUGGGAUUUGAUGUCAUUAAGCAAAGAGCUUGCUGAUGUUAAGCCCAAAUUAAUUAAGGCAAAAAACCUGUUUUAUGUUAAUAAACCAUGAUUAGCUAUCCUAAUGACCAUCUUAAGAACAGCUUGUGAUGUUAAGGCUACUGUGUUUAGUAAUUAAUAGUAGUUUGUCUCUCAAGUAGAAGGGAAGAAAGUGGAGAGGAGCUGAUUAGACUUUCGGCCGCUCUAUUUCUUUUUUAU